AUUAACGAGAAAAUAUCAGAGUUGGAGCUGCGGGUGGUUUACUCUAAUAUAUUUCUUUGACACAAUCUCGAUUCUAACGGCGGUGGAUUUUGUCGCCGGACGUUUGGCGUCGCAGGCUUCUUCCGGCACUGUCUUCCUGCUGAUUCCUCUGUUGUCAUUCUCAAGGAAAGAAGGCAGAACCUCACUCUCUCUCUCUCUCUCUCUCUGAAUUUGACUGAACGAAAGAAACAUUGCCUUUGUUCUGGGGUUUAUACGUAAUUAAAGUUUCAUCAAGUCCGCUUCCAUGGUUUGCUUUGUGCCUCCGGCGGAAUAGUUGUAUUGGUUGAGGAACUAAGCUGUUGAAGCGAUGCUAUCAUCAAGGUUCUCGUUUUUGGGGUUUGGGAUUUCCAAUGAAGCCAAUGAAUCUGUGGGUGUUUCUGGAAGCAAGCUCAAACCAUCUCUAAGUGUGCAGACGGAUAAAGAUGUGUACAGGCCUGGAGAUUCCAUAUUUGUAACUAUUGAGGUGGCUAACUCUCCUGUAAGGGAUCAUGAAAAUGGGGCAGCAAAUCCCUCGUUUUUGGUUGAAAAGCUUAGUUUUGAGGUUAUAGGACUAGAGAGAUUGGACGUUCACUGGUUUUCUACUCAAAAGCUAUCACCAGGAAGCAAAGGAAAGAGAGGAAAACGCAUCUUCCUAGACAGUUCAACACCAUCUUUGGUUUCAAAUCAACUUCUAUCCCCUGGUGCUAAGAUGACAUUAAUGGUUCGUGCUAUACUCCCACAGAUUAUACCACCUUCUUAUAAAGGUGCUACUUUAAGUUACAUUUACUACAUUAAGAGCACAUUGUGCGGAAGAUGGAUGGCAUUAGAAAACAGUCAAUUUUACAAAGACUCGACAAAAGAUUUCAUUGAAGUGGAGACACGAAUACCAUUACAAGUAUGGGUAAUUCAGAAGAACAAUGGGCUGCUAUUAGAGGAAGAUCGAAUCGAUGGGAUUGUUCCAACCAGUACCAUUCAGACAGAAAUAUAUUGGAAAGAGAUGGAUGGAGACUCAGAAUGGACUAGAGCAAAUGACGCAUAUGAUAGUGGUGAGGAUGGAUAUGACAGUUCACGUGACGAGAUCUCAUCCGUUGUUUCCAAUCCCAAAAAAGGCAAUUUAAACAGAACGUUUGGUAGUUCAUUGUCCUUGAAUUCUGGACCGCGAUUAUCAAUGAAAGACACGUCAUAUGUUGAAGAACGUGUUGGAUCAUCUCCAAAGAUGCUGCUUUCUCAGUUAUCAGCUGCCAUGGUGUCUUAUGAUUCCGGAACCGAUGCCUCUUCGCCUCAAAAAUCAUCAAAUUCUGUGGUCCCGAGCCAACUACCCAAGCAGGCAAAUGGUGCAGGUGCAUCUAUGUCACCUGAAGCUGAAGCUAAAGAACCAGUUCCAUCAGAAGGAUUUACAAGAGGAAGAUCUUACAACAUUAGAAUGGACGACCAAGUCCUUCUUAGGUUUUCCCCAAAGAAUGCCGACUCUACUUAUUACUUCAGCGAUACUAUAGGUGGAACUCUUACAUUCUUCCAUGAAGAAGGAGCCAGAAGAUGCCUUGAGGUCUCGGUUACUCUAGAAACUUUAGAGACAAUAAACAGGAGAGUUGUUCAUCCAUCAAGGAGAAAUUCUCCAACGCUUACUAAGGUACAAAGCGAUCACCAUGAGGUAGUGGCAGACCUUAUUCAAACCAGCUUUCUUUUUUCAAUUCCCACGGAUGGUCCAAUGUCGUUUUCUACACCCCAUGUAUCUGUGCAAUGGAUUCUUCGGUUUGAGUUCCUAACUACUCCAAAGAAUGUGGACUUAAGCAGGUACGAACAUCCGUUGUUGGUACAGGAACGGGAAAAAAGCGAAUGGGUUCUUCCAAUUACUGUACAUGCACCGCCACCUCGGACGUCAGGUGCUCAAAACCGUGGAGAUAAGCUUUUAGGUUUGGAGCCGUCUUGGAUUCGUAGCUGAACCACGCUUUUUGGUGAGAUAUUCAUUUUGGUAAAUCAUUUUUCAAAUAGUUUCUGGUGUCUGGUCUAGAGAUCACCUCAUGCAAUAAUUUUUUUUUUUUUUUUUUUUUUGCUGACUUUUAAUAGUUUUUUUAAUGAGAAAGUGAACCACAAAUCUACAGUAUUUUGUUUAAUUUUUUAAUAUCUAGUUUAUUAAAAGAAAAAACAAUAUUGUGCUUCAGUUUA